GUAUUACUGAACUGGACAAUUUAUUGAUAUAAACAAUAUUACGCGUAUCGUUAAAAGGAUAAUCUUUAUAACAGACAUCUGACAAAGAAUUAAUUUAAAUUUUUUAAACAUUUUUUCUUAAGAAAUAUGCAUUUGAAAGGUGACGACAUAUCUCAAACUUCAGAGUUCGGGACAGGUGUAUUAAUUUGACAAGUCCUUUAUUCUGUCUCCUGGAGUAAUGGGUUAACAUUCUUUUAUUAUGGCUACAACUUCUGCUAGAACAGACAGGACAUCAGUGUCUAAAAAAAAGCAAGGUAUAACAAGACAGUCAUCCUUUUUGGAUACAGGAAAUAUGAUGGUCAAGAAGAUACAGCCGACAAAACCAAAAGUGACAAAACCUGUUAUUAAAACUUCCAAAAAUGUACAGCCCACAGCAAGCAAGGAAGAAAGAUUUAUUUCAGACAAAACAACAGAAGAACAGAUAAAGAAAGCUGAGGCUAAGUUUGAGAGGUUAUUGGAAGGAUGUCUUGAUGAUCUACCUAAUUUACCUCAUUCUACAGUUAGGAUAUUCAUGAGCUCCACAUUUUCUGAUAUGAGAGCAGAAAGAAAUGCCAUUGUCAGAGAUGUCAAUCCACUCCUGAAGGAGUAUUGUGCCAAAUAUGACCUUGACUUUCAAAUAGUAGAUAUGCGAUGGGGUGUAACAGAAGAUAGCCAAAAUGACCAUUCUGUGGAGAAAAUUUGUUUGCUAGAAGUGGAAAAUUGCCAGAACCUUUCUUUAGGACCUAAUUUUAUUUUUAUAUCAGGUGACAGAUAUGGAUUCAGACCAAUCCCAAUAGAAAUUGAUAUGGAAGAAUUUGAUACCAUUAAGAAGGUUGCUGAAGAAAACUCUCUACCUGAUAUUAAACUAUUGGAUGUUUGGUAUUUACUGGAUGAAAAUGCUAAACCACCUCUGUAUAUUUUACAGCCAAUCAGAUCACAGUUUACAUUCUAUGGUGAUUACUCUGCUGGAUGUGAAGAACCCAGAGCUAAAGACACAAUGGGUUGGGAGGAAACCUUUAAAUCUCUACAGACACUUCUAAGGAAAGCAGCAACAUUUGCCUGUAAUGCUAAACAACUCAACAAGGACAAACUUCACAAAUACUUUUAUUCAGUCACUGAGAUUGAAGUCAAUAAAGGAAUCUUGACAGCAAAAGAACCCAAUCUUCAUACUAGUACCUAUCAGAGAGAUUUACGUGGUUUGGAUGGCAAUAAUAUCACUGAUGAUACAGCCAAAAGAUACUUUGACACUAAAAUGAAAAAUGGACAGAUGGUAAUCGAUGAAGAAGCAAAGACAUUAAGAGAGAAAGUAAGGCAACAAAUUCCAUCUGUAUUGAAGAAAUCUGGCCGAAUCCAUCAGUAUCAAGUUAAGUGGCAUAGUGGUGGCAUCGAUCCUGAAAAACAUGCAGAGCAACGUGAUUAUGUCAGGCAUCUUUGUGCUGAUCUUAUUGAGGACAUUUGCGAACUUAUUGAUAAGGCCAGAGAAGACCAGAAAGGCCUGAUAAGAGAUUCAGAAUAUUACACAGACUAUCAAGAAGUACUGCAUCAUCAGCACUUUUGUAAACUAAAAUGCGAGACUUUCUGUGGUAGACUUGAUGUUUUGGAGAAGGCCAAAGAAUAUAUUCUCAAGGACAAGUCCAGAAGGCCUCUGAUUUUGUAUGCUCCGUCAGGUGCUGGAAAAACAUCUGUUAUGGCCAAAAUCUUGCAGAAUCUGCCAGAAUGGUUUGAAAAGGAGCCUCACUUUGGAAUUAUAAGAUUUUUGGGCACAUCAGGUUAUAGUUUGAACAUAUAUGAUGUACUAUAUGGAAUUUGUGGACAACUUGCUGACUGUGCAAAACUAUUAAUGGAGCCAGUUGGGUACAAAAACAUGAAAAAUCUAAUAGAAUAUAUGCCAAGAUUCUUACGUCGAGUGUCGAGCAAGGUGAAAAAGCCAAUUGUUAUUCUUUUGGACUCUCUAGAUCAGCUUACAGCAAAAGAUGAUUCUUACUUGUUAAAUUGGCUGCCUACAAUCCUCCCCUCAAACUUGAAGAUAAUUGUAUCAACAUUACCCAGGGAACAUGAAAUUUUGGACACAUUACAGAAACUGUUUCCAGAUACUACCAACUUUGUAGAAGUCCCAUCUUUACCUGAUGAUACAGGCUUUGAAAUGAUUGACAAAUAUCUAGCAAAAAAGAAAAGAGCUGUUACACAAAUUCAAACUAAACAGAUUAUUAGCGCAUUCAGAAAUUGCAGAGGUCCAUUGUUUCUAAAACUUAUCUUAGAUGAGGCAGUUAACUGGAACUCAUACACACCAGAUCAUGCUCUUGUUUUGCAAGAUUCAGUACAAGGGGCCAUAAACCAGCUAUUUGACAACAUGGAAAAGAAAUUUGGGCAAGUCUUGAUAAGCCAUGCGCUAGGUUACAUUACAGUUGCCAACAAUGGAAUUUCUGAUAUUGAAUGGGAGGAUGUGUUAUCCUGUGAUGACGAAGUUCUAGAUGAUAUCUACCGCUAUCAUAAUCCACCUGUCCCUGGCAUUGUACGAAUGCCACCAGUACUUGUAGCAAGGAUAAGAUAUGAUCUCAGAGAAUAUAUAGUAGAAAGAAGAUCAUUUGGUAAAACGACAUUGAAUUGGUAUCAUAGGCAGUUCAUUGAGACAGCUCAUGGAAGAUAUGCAACUGGUAGUGCAGGCAAAAUAUUACACAAAGUAUUGGCAGAAUAUUUCAUUGCCAAUGAUGGUAUUCAAAGGGACAUAACUCUUCACAGGCGAAAACUGACAGUGGAGAAAGCAGACAGACAAGUCACAAAACAACUACUUGUUGUGAAGAAUAAAAGAAAACUGAUAGCUGCCCCAUAUCACAUUACCCAUGCUGGAGAUCAGAUAGAUCCUUCAAUUGCCAAGUCAGAAUGCUUUUGUAAUUUGAAUUUCCUUUCAGUGAGAAUGCAAGCCUUGCCUUUAUCAACAUUGGUGGACGACAUGACAGAAUAUUUGGACAAAACAGAUGAUGAAGAGGUGGCUUUUUUGAGAAAUUACUUCCUCGUCUCUAAAUCAGGAAAUGAAAGUGGAACUAACCUUGCAAUUAAUCUACUUUCACAAUUACAUGUAGAUGAGGAUCAGAAAUAUCUAAAUGAAUUACUGCAGCAAGCUAAAGAUACAGUCUACUGUAGUAAGACUCCAUUACUUAUACCAGUAUUCCCAUGUCUGGCACCAAGAAAAGAUGCUUCAUCAGCUCUGUUAAAAAUCUAUGAUGAUGUCAACAAUAUCAUUUCAAGUGGUUCAGAAUCAGUUCUGAUGACACAUGUGAAAGAGGAAGAUGACGAUGAAAAAGGGUACCUAGUUUAUGAUGCCAGUAAUAAUGAUGUUAACCAAUUAAGCCAUGACAAGGACUUCAAGCCAAUAAUGCCACCCAUACUGGAUCAUUCUGAGAAAAGAGUAAUUAACUUAGGCAAGGACAGCCUUCAGAUAUUCCAUUUACAUAAUCAACUUACAAACAUUAAGAAGUUUUCUGAUAUUUUUGAAAACCUAGGGAAAGAGGUGUUACCUACAAUGGUUUGUCUCAGUACCGAUUUCUUACAUUUGACAAUAUUAUUUAGCAAUGGUGAUGUUUUAAUAUUGGAUACAAACAGCUUCAAAAAAGUUGACUUCAUCACCUUGAGAGAAGAAGCAAAUGAUGUUUCUAACAUCAUCACUACAAGUAUAGACAAUUUAAAGAUUAUUUUCACUAUAGAUACUGUUGUAAGUGAAAAGGAAAAUACAAAAGAUGGAGUUGUUAGAAUCCAUGUUGUUGGUGCUGCAGAAAAUGGAAAAAUGGUGAAAACUAGUCAUCCUUUUACCAGAGGUCUUGCUGCAGUUGGUUUUAAUGAGAACCUGCUUGUAGGAAGUAGUAAUAGAGAAACAGAUGGAACUUUGACAGUCGUUGACCUAGAUGAGGUCAAAAUAACUAUCACAGAGGACUGCUCUUCUAAGUUACUGCAGUUAUCUGUGGCACAUUCCCAUGCAUUGGCUGCCAUUUGGUUGGAACAAGGCUUUGUAGCUGUGUAUGACAUCUCUAAUGGGGAGGUUGUCCAGCAGUUAAACAUAAAUAAUACAAUAACCAGCUUUGGAGUGAGCUGGAUCAAUGAUUUAGUCUUUAUUGGAGACAACCAAGGGCAGAUAAUUAUGUACAAAGCACAGACAGGGAGACACUUCGGGGAUUUCAAGGCUGAAAAUAAUGAAAUCAUGAAAGUGGCAGUGCUUGAGGAUCAAGUUGUCACUGUGAGCAAAAAGAAUACAGCAAAAAUUUGGAAGCUGACAACCUUACUAAAUACUGAUGGUGAUCAAUCAUCCAGAACAGAGGUCAAUGGUGGGGGUUCAGAGUUACUGGCACAGAAGGAUAUUGUUGGUUUUGAUGUUGACCUCAAAGGACACUUCAUCAUAACUGCUUCAGAAGACAAAAACUUGAGGAUCUGGUCUGUAGAUAAUGUAGAACUACAAGAUAAAAUUUACAUGGGAAUCACAGGUCACAAAGUAUCAGCAACUAUAAACUCAAUGUGUAUUGUUUUAGACAGUCAAGCUCAUACUUUAAAAGUGUAUGAUUUUGAAGAUGGAUUGGUGAAAAUGAGCAUCAGACAUGUAGUAAGUUUCUGCCAAGGAAAAGAUCAUAAGACAUUAUAUGUCUUGAAAACUGGUGAAAAGGCUCAUUUCAUUGAAAUAAUAGAUAUCAGUCUUCUCAAGGUAAAAACAUCCUUUCUAUUGAAACAGAAGCUGGCUUAUGAGAGAAUAGACCUGUCCAUAAAUGAUUCAGAACGCUAUCUCAUACUAAGGGUUAAAAUUCUUGACAAAGAAUAUGCUGACAUCCAAACAUCAUGGCGUAAACAAGGUGGAGGAUUUUUACCACAGUCUCAUAAACACAGGUUUUAUGCUAUAGACAAAACACAAGCUACAGGAGGACUAAUGCCAUGUAAUCGAAUUCUGACAAAGAGUCCACAUCUAGGAGAAGUUGUCUGCCCCUAUCAAGGAAAUGUCAUGAUGGUCACCACUCGUCGUUGGGUAGUGUUUUGGGAUAUUCCUACUGGCAAAUCUGAUCAGAGAGUGACAAAAGGAGUAAAACUUGGAUUUAUGUAUCGAGCCGAUCACUUGGGACAAUCCUGUGAAGGGACAAGUCUAGCAGUGGAACAAAGUAAAGAUGGCCUGUAUGUAGCUAUAGGAUCUGAAGAUGGCUACAUGAUUGUGUGGGAGGCCAACACUGGCUUUCCAGUAGGAAGAAAAGAACCAAAGAAAAGGCACACAGCUUCGGUGGUCACCAUUGCUAUAUCACCAGACAGUAAAUGGGUUGCCUCUAGGUGUCUGAAUAACAGGCUGAUACUGUGGGACAUCACUACAGCAACAGACGUGGUCAAACUGAAGAUACCCUUAGAUGUCACACAGAUGAAGUUCACAGCUGAUUCUAAACACCUAGUUAUCAGUACAGGAGUUCAUAAUACUAGAAUGUUAGUAUACAGACUUCAUCCCGGACAAAAGUAAUACACAGGAAAAGUUUACACAAUGUUAUUUAGCUCAAAUAGUUGUUUUUUAAAAGCUCUACAACUCGCAAAGUUUAAAUUAAACAGUUGUCUGGGUUGGGUUUUUUUAAAAGAGAAAACUGUAGAGUGUUGAAACUCUGUUUAAGGGGCUUAUAGACAGGAAUUUGUUAAUAGAGUGAUAGAAUAUAAAUAGAUGUGAGAUGUGCAGAAUCAUUUUAACUUUCACUAUAGUUACAGAGAUUUUGGGGCAAGCAGGUUAUUUGAAUGCAAAAUUGUUCCAUUUUAAUUGUAAUUUUCUAUAGUAAUUUUGGAAUACUUUUGUUUAUAAAAAAAUUCAGUAUUGUAAUGCUUUGUCUAACUUUAAAAAUGUUGUUACAUGUACUACUUAAUUUGAUUAAAUCAGACAUUUAAAUAUGAAUUUUUGAAUUUGAAAAUAUCUAUUUUACAUUGCUGCAAAUGUAGAAAACCUUCUAUAUUUUUUUGCCUUUCAAGUUUUUUCCACUCUUUUAAAAUCCUCAUAAUAUUGUACUCAGAAUUUAGGGUAGGAACCAUUUAUCUAUACUAACCUGUAUCUAUUACAUCUUUUCAUUCAUUGUAUAUAUUGUCAAAAAAAUUGUGAUCACAAGUACUUGCAAUUUAAAAAAAUUGGAGCAAGGCUUUGUAGCUGUGUAUGACAUUUCUAAAAAAAAAUAAAGAUUAAAAAAAAAAUCUGUCAAAUGAAUGUGAUCUUUUUUUACUUAUGAUUUACACAUUUCCUUGUUUAAUUAACCACAUUUUGAAUAUAAUAUAUACAAAAACAAUUGUAAUUAUUUGUUUUAUUUAUUUGACAUGUAAUACAUAUUAUUUUGUUAAAAUAUCUAUUUUUAUGUGCAUUUAAAACUAUGCAAUAUACUGGUUAUUCCAGCAUGAAUAUUUUUUUGCAUUAUUUCCUAUUAAGUUUGUACUUCUACACAACUUAUUGUUUAAGAUAAGGCACAGUUUUUUGUGUGCUGUUUUUACACUUAGUUUUGAAUGGUUUGAAUAUGUGAGAAUAUUUGCUAUUUGUGAUACCUAUUUUGAUAAAUUUAAUAUUUGUCCCUUUGCUUUACUGGUUUCAGUAACAUUAUUAUGGUUAAUAUUUCUUGUACCUCAUACCCAAAGUAUUAUAUCAAUGAGUUUCACUCCUGAAAUACUCAAGUAUAAGUCAACCAUUUCUGAAUAUAUAUUUUAUAUUUAAUUUUUUUACCAUACCUAAAAUUUUACAUGUAUAUCAUUUUUACUGCCCUCUUAUAUAGCCCAACCCAUAUUUCUGAAAAUAAAUUGUAUCCAAUGCUUCAAUGACUUAAGGAAAAUCUAGAUUUUUUAAAGACCAAGUGUCUUGGUAGAUAUUUCAACUCCACAGUCCUAUAAUGAAUAGGGAAUAGUUCUGUUAUAAACUUGUAAGUACCAACAUAUUAAAAAAUAUAUGAAAUAGAUGUAAAUCUUCAUGAUGGUAGAGAUUUAGUGUUUUACCAACUUAUUUCUUAGUAAUCUCAGGUAUAUAUUAGAAAUAUGAUAAUUUUUACUUAGUUUUGUAUAUUUAUAUUAUUAGCAGUAGUUGUCACACAUGUUAUAGUUUUAUAUCAAAUUUUAUGAAUUUUUAUACAGUUUGUCAUCUUGUCCUAUACCAAUGUCUGUGGCACAGCUGUGGAAGAUAUGUUGAGAAAAAAUAAUUCUUGGAGGAGAAAAUCUUAUACAACUAUUUUAUAUAAGGAUUUUACAGUACAGAUGUUCUAUACCAUGAUUUUGAAAUGCAGCAUUUAUAAUCAUGGAUGCAGGAAUUAAAGUCACUCAAAAAUAAGAACUGAUGAAACCUAUUAAUAAAUAAAAUAACAAAGUUGUAAAAUAAAAAUUAAAAUCUAUAACUGAAUUCUGUUACUCUGUUGCCCUUUUGUAAAAAAAAAUUUGAAGUUCAUAAAAAAUUAAAAUAGGAAUUCAAUAUAUUUGCUUUUAGUUUUUUAAAGAAUAAUUAAUGUAAUGUUUUAGGAAUUUAGAAUUAAAAAUACAUGUAAUCCUAAGUAAUACGACAAAAAAAAGUGAAUUAAAUCAUCCAGAGGCUUUUGAUCCUAAUAUUCUUAAAAACCUUUUAUUCUUUUAAGUUUAUUUUUUCAUUUAUCAUAUUUAAAAAUUUAUUUAUAAGCAUUAUUAUUUUCACAUAAAAUAUUUUUAUAAACUGAAAGUUAUGUAUUAUGAAGGGAAGUUCCAUGCACCAUCAAAACCUUUUUUUAACUAUAGAAAAUACUCUCUAUUCUUCGAUUUUUGUCAUUGAUAUUGUCUUCACAGGGUUCUGAUUUGCAAAACCAUGACAUAAAAUAUUCAUUAAAAUACAAGUUUUUCUCAAUCCACAAAAAUUGAUAUCCACAAAAAUACAUGAAUCCACAGUAUAAAAUAUGACGUUCCACCUAUUUGUUGUUCUCAAGUAAAUAUGAAUAUUUAUAAAUUCUUCAAAUGUUAAUACUUCUAAUUACCUCUGGUUUUUCUUUGUCUUGAUUUUUCAUUUCCCUCUCAACAUCAUAAUUGCAAGAGGAACAUAAUGUCCCAAUUCCUGUCCUGGUUAUAUUCAGAUGCUACAAGUUUUUGUUUUGGUUAUAUAUAUUUGGUAACAUGUUGUAUUAGAACUCUGUCUCAUGUGUACAAACUGAAAGCUCAGGUACUUGUGGAUAGAUAAUGGCAACAGUAGUAUACCACUGUUGUUAUUUAAGAAGAAGAUAUUUGGUAACUUGUUGCAUUAACCCCCAUGUGUACAAACUGAAAGCUUAGGUACUUGUGGAUAGAUAAAGGCAACAGUAGUAUACCACUGUUGAAAGGAUACCCUUUUAGUGGGACUGAGAGGGGGUACAAAUCCCCAUAUAAUUAAAAUUUGAUUUAUUUUUGAUUGAAAUUUUAUAUGGAUUGUUUUCACUUUGAUUAAAUAUAACUAACAGACAAUAUUUGAGAUUUUUGUCUGUCGACUGGUAAACCUUACACAUAUUUUUAUGUAAGGGGUCACUUUUAAAUGACUCAAAUUAAUAAAUUGUUCAAAUUUUUAGAUACCUAAUUAGUACUGCUUAUAAAGAAUGAUGUGUUGUACACUGUCGAUACUUGAUUUUUUUUUUUUUUAUAUGUACUUUACCAAUAUGAUUUAAAUUCUUAACAUUAAGUUUUUUUUGUUGGUAAGAUAUAUCUAAUUCUAAUGCAACUCGGCAUUUAACAACAAUUUUAAUUGGAUACUGUCUGCAAUCAAUUCCACAGUUGACUGUCAGAGUCACGGGCACAAAUGCUCCUCAAUUGCAGUCAUAUUAUGAAAAAUUAGAAAUGUAUAAUUUGAACUUUAUAGGGGUAUUUAUUCUAUUAGAAUAGGAAUGGCAGUACUGUAUUUGAGGAGUCGCUGAUUUCAGAUUUUGAUUUGAUCAGGUGGCCUGCUUUUCAAAAUUUAUACAGCUCUGAUAUUCCUUAAAUAUUACAUCAAUGGACAUAACAUUGCUAUUACAUGUAUUAAUUUGAAUGGAAAGCAGCCUGGGUAUUGUCCAGUUACAUAAUAGAAAAUUAUAAAGAAUUUAGAUAUAGUAAAUUUAAACUUAAAUUUUGUUGACAAAUUGAGUGCAGAAAAUAUUUUUUAUUACUACUAGGCACAGACACUUGUCUCUGGAAACUAAUUUCCUGUAUACUUUAAUAUUUUUUCAUAGACAAGUGCCUGUGCUUAUAAAGCCUCUAAUGACCCUGAAAUCCCAGUCAGGAAAUAUCAUUUUUAAUCUUUUACAAAUCUCCAUAGAUUUAUAGGUUUAAGUACAAUAAAAAUGGGCUUCUACUUUGUCUUAAUUGAAUACUAUUGGACUCCUACAGUGUCUUCAUUGUUUCAUUGUGAUGUCGGAUGAUUUCCAUAAAUACUAAGACAGUCCCCGAAAUUGGUGAUUUGGUUUGAAAAAUAAAAAUUCCAGUUUUAAUUUUGAAAUUUUUCGCUGAAGUAGUGGCUAGAUAUGAAAAGAUAAGCUAUAAGUUAUACUAGAAUAUAACCCCAAUGACAAGUUCUUGCUGAGUGUUGUGCAGGAAACAUUUGCUCUCCAAAACAAAGUAAAUGUUAUAUUAAAAUGGUGAUAAUAUCGCCUACUAUAUGUCAUGCAGUUGUGCAUUUGUGUAGAGUUGUUUAAAAACUAUCAGAUAUUUUUCUUUAUAGCUUAACAAAUAUUUGAAUCAAUUAUAUUUUAUUACUUAUUUUAAAUAUUUCAUCCUUUAGUGACAUGGUGCAUUCCUUGUGAUUGCUAAACACUCUAAAAAGGUAACACAUCAAGUGAUUUUGAUUAUAGACAGUCAGUAAAAAAUUGAUCUGUUUUUCGGUGAAUGAAUCAAGGUUAUUGAAACAUCCCUGAAUUAGAGUAAUUUUAUCCCAAUUUGGAUACUUUGAUAACUGAUGCGAGGGCAAUCAAUGCAUUUGGUAAUAAAUUAGAAUUGUAUGUACAAUGAAAAGAGACGCCAAGACUCUUUAAAAAUAUUAUUCAUUGUUACAAAAAUUGCAAGUAAUUGUGAUUCUGAUUAAAUAAUACGGAAAUUAAAAAUACAUUAGGAGAAUGGUGGCAGCCUUUGGGUGUUACAUCAUUAAUAUUUUGUAUUUGUAGUUUACAUGAAGUCUUCAAAGGUUAUUAGUUUUAUUAUAAAUUAAAAAGCAUCAUCUGUUCAAAUAUUUUUCAUUAUAAACAUCAAGUUUUCUUCCUUAUUUUUUUAGAAUGGAAUUCUUAAACUAAAACUAAAAAAAUUUUUAAAAAAUAAGAAAUUCCUAAAAUUAUUGUUAUAAAAUAUGGGUAAGCAAAUUUGUAUUUCUAAAGAUUAAAAACUGCUUUGUUAUUUGAAAUUUAAACUACUGUAAACCUUCAAAACAACCUUCAGAACAAGUAGAAAGUAUUUUCAGAGAACUUAAAGAAGUAAGUUUUUGAUAUAUAAUUUUUUAAUGUCUCAUUUGUUAUUGUAAUGAUGCUUGGUAUUUGUAUUAUAUAUCAUACUAAUAUGUGUUUGUUUGUGUUCUAAAUUCAAAUCUUGACUCUGAAAACUCCAAAGAUAUGAGAAUUGGGAGAUAAAUUCUUGAAUUACGAAAAGUAAGGAUGGUCGUCUUGUGUGUAGUUUUUUUUCUUUCUAAUAUGUUUUAUUCAAUUGUACUGAAUGGUGCAUUUAUUACUUAAUAUUAAGAACAAAAUCAAAAGCAUUUCACAGAAAGGAGAUGUGGGGAAAUAACUGAUUUCCCUGGAUAUUUUUGAGUAAACAGUACAGCAGUAAUAUUAAUGUGUAUCAUAAAAGGAUUACCCUAAUAUUAUUACAACUCAUUCAAUGUAUAUGUAUGCCUUUAUUACUUGUAAAUGUUCACCUUGAUACUAUACAAUUCAUCUCCAAGUGCUUUCCUUUAUUAAAACUAUGCUCAGAUUGAUGCUACUUAAGUGGGUUUCCUCUCUGUAAGUGAGACUUCUCUUUGAGACGUUAUUAGGUUGCCUGUUGCAGGGCAAAAUUUCUGCCACUUUUAUGCAUUUUGUCUUUUGAAUUUUGAAUUGGUGUGCCAAAAUUCUUUCUCUUUUUGUCUUGAUAAGCCACUUACCAGAACCUAACUAUUGUUCUUCUUGCUAAUUCAUGAUCUUUGUUCUUAUCCUGUGAGUGCAUGCAAUAUAUUUACUGGACAAUAAGUAAACAACAAUCUAUCGGUAUUUAUUACAUCAACUUUGCUGACUCUACAGUCAUGUUUAUUUAAAAAAAAAUAAAAAAAAUAUGAUGCCAUUAUAGUUAUGUUAGGUCACAGCCAUGCUCACCAAUAGUGAAUGUGAUUAUCUGCUAGUACACCAUGAAUUGUAGCAAAUUCACUUGCACUUCUUAAGAUUAUUUGUUUUGUUUGAGAAACAGAUAGAAGAAUGUGGCAUAUAAUAUUUUAUAAAAGAUGUUAUAUUUUUUUAUAACUUUUUUUUAUGCCAUGUGAUAUGUUUUAUAUCCCCAUUCAGUGACGUGGGGGAUAUAUAUUUAUCAUUGUUUGUGUGUGACUGUUUGUAUUUAGCUGUUUUCUGUUUGUUGUUUGCACUUUAAAUCCACAACUCCUCUAAAAACAGCUGUUUACAAAAUAUCUUCUGAGACGUAAUGAGUCUAUGCUUCCUUGCUUUUCUAAACAUAUGAAAUUUUAUAUUUCCCUUAAAGCAUGGACGCUGCAUGUGGAUAGGCAUCUCAAAUUGUGAAAUGAAACAUUCUUUGAAUUUUAACUACAAAAUGCUACUUAUUUCAUAUUUUGAUCUGAAAUACAUUUUUUUAAGACAGACAUUUACAACUAUACGAAUAGGUUAAGACAUUGUAUUGGCAAUUUCUCUCAGACAUUUACAGGAUUUCAAACCUUUUUACUCUGAUAAUAUAUAAAAGUAUUUGGAGUUUGUGGAUAUAUUAACUUGAGCUCGACUUAAAAGUUUUUCUACUUAUACAUUUAAUUUAUUUGUUAUAAAUUUGAUAUUUACACUAAAACUAUUUAAUGAUUAAAAAACUUUAUUUUGA